AUGGGAAAGGUUCUUGAGAUAGAGGCGUUCGGAUUGGCUGCGAAAGACGAAUCCGGAGUUCUCUCGCCUUUCCGUUUCUCAAGAAGGAAAACGGGGGAGAAGGAUGUGAGGUUCAAAGUGUUGUUCUGUGGAAUUUGCCACACUGAUGUAUGUAUGGCGAAAAACGAGUGGGGGUUUACUACUUACCCUCUCGUCCCCGGGCAUGAGAUUGUUGGCGUGGUGACUGAAGUCGGAGCCAAAGUGACUAAAUACAAAGCCGGAGACAAAGUCGGAGUUGUUGGUUACAUGGUCAGCUCGUGCCGGUCAUGUGACAUAUGCAAUGAUGACCAAGAGAACUACUGUCCAGAAAUGAUCAUAACGUCGGGAGGCAAGUACUACGAUGACACCAUGACUUAUGGUGGUUACUCUGACCACAUGGUUUGUGAAGAGGAUUACAUCAUCCAUAUUCCCGAAAAUCUCCCGUUGGACGCUGCCGCACCGCUACUUUGCGCUGGGGUCACGGUUUAUUCACCGAUGAAGUAUCACGGACUCGACAAGCCCGGCAUGCACAUUGGUGUAGUGGGAUUAGGCGGUUUAGGUCAUGUAGCAGUGAAGUUUGCCAAGGCUAUGGGUACUAAGGUCACGGUUAUCAGUACUUCGGAUAGGAAGAGAGACGAGGCGAUUAGUCGGCUUGGUGCGGAUCUGUUCUUGGUGAGUCAUGACCCGGAACAGAUGAAGGAAGCAAUAGGGACUAUGGAUGGUAUUAUUGAUACCGUAUCUGCCACUCAUCCGCUUCUUCCGAUUCUUGGUUUACUAAAAUAUAAGGGAAAACUUAUUAUGGUUGGUGCACCCAAUAAACCACUUGAGCUUCCGGUUCUGCCUCUCAUCUUAGGGAAGAAAAUGGUGGUUGGAAGUAUGACAGGAGGGAUAAAGGGGACACAAGAGAUGGUGGAUUUGGCCGGUAAACACAACAUUACGGCAGAUAUUGAGCUUAUCUCUGCGGAUUAUGUCAACACUGCCAUGGAACGGCUCGAAAAGGGGGACGUUAGAUAUCGCUUUGUGAUUGAUGUUGGCAACACAAUGAAGCCUACUCCUUACUAUAAAGCUUAA